UCACGCCAUGUGGACAUAAUAGACAUUAAAGUGAUUAGUGAAAGAUGCCUGUUGGAGUAUGGCCUGUGAUUCCUUGGAAUUUUGCAGUGCUGCAGUCUUCAUUAUUAUUGGAUGUGUUUGCUAGGUGAACAGUUGCCGAGGUGUUUUGUAGUACUGUACGUUAUGGACUAGCCUAUAUGAGGCAGUGUAAAUGACACAGGCUCGUGGCCUGACUGGCUUCAUGAAGUUUAUUUUCCCCCUCGGAUUGAACGCAUGCGCGCAGAUGCUCGGUAGUGGAGAGACUUGUGAAUGGGGUGGGGGGAGUAUUUCGGGUGUACAGUCAUAAGUCGGACUCAGAGGAGCCAGGAAGUAACUGUGAGCCAUGCCGCGCCACGGAUAAAGUAAAAGCGAGCGCGCGCCUCGUCGUCAGCAGCCAGUGAUCUCACACACACACACACACACGCGCGCACACGCACACACGCACACGCACGGGGAGGGAGAAUACUAGCCGACUACGAAAUCGUGCCAAAUGUAUCGUAGUGACGGACACUGACCGCACAGGAGCUCGGGAACGCUAGAAAUUCCUGUCGCAAAAUAACGCGAAUAUUAAAGCAGCGCACCGACACGCGCUUCAUCCUGUGAAGAAGAAAAAGACGGAAGGAAGCGCGAGCGGGAUUUUAGCGGGGAGUUCCGAAGAGGCUGUUUCUCUUGCACUGUAUAAGACAACAAAAGUCGGCAAAAUAGAGCACGUAACGUUCAAGAUGCCUCGGGUGGUCCCGGAUCAGAGGAGCAAGUUUGAGAACGAGGAGUUCUUCAGGAAGCUGAGCCGCGAGUGCGAGAUUAAAUACACGGGUUUCCGAGACCGACCCCACGAGGAGAGACAAGCCCGCUUCCAGAACGCCUGCCGGGACGGACGCUCAGAAAUAGCUUUUGUGGCGACCGGCACCAAUCUCUCGCUGCAGUUCUUCCCCGCCAACCUGCAUGGUGAGCAAAGGCAGAUGCCCAGCCGAGAGUAUGUGGACUUCGAGAGAGAGACAGGAAAGGUGUACCUGAAGGCCCCAAUGAUCUUAAACGGAGUGUGUGUGAUUUGGAGAGGCUGGAUUGACCUGCAGCGUCUGGAUGGGAUGGGCUGUUUAGAAUAUGAUGAUGAACGAGCACAGCAUGAGGAUGCUCUUGCUCAGGCUGCCUUUGAGGAGGCUCGCCGGAGGACUCGUGAUUUUGAGGACAGGGAUCGUUCACACCGUGAGGACCUAGAGGACCCUGUGGCAUCAAAAAUCUGGGACUGAUGGCAUUCACGGACCAGGCCCAGGCGACAGCAGGACCCCAGCCCUGGCUCCAACAUGGGCAACACUGACGAUCACAAGAUGCGCUAACGGCAAUCAACAAUCCAGUGGGCAGGGAAAGGGUGACACCAUCUCCCUCACCACAACAAUCUCACAACUCCAUCGCCCCAAAUAAUUACACAAGAGACCAAAGUCCACAUGUGGGGGUGGGAUAGGGGGGUGGGCAGUUUGGGUAGGGGGGUGGGGGGGUUUCAUAGUACUCCCUUGAUAAAAAGUUCUGACAAGGUGUAUGUUGGUUUGGGCUGGUAUUAACCUGGUUAUGUGGGAUAUGUUGUAUUUCAUUAUUCCCACCCCCACACCCUCCGGUUCCUUCUUGGGGUUUUGCACUAUAUGAUACUUUCAAAUAAGUUCCCAUGUUGCCUUCCAGUAAGUGUUCCUACCUACAUUUUCUUUCAUCCCCCUAUGCAAGCUAUCUUAUUUUCCUUUUUUUUGGCACUAUUGUAAUGAAAUGGCAUUCUUAUUAUUUUUAGUCAUAUUUGUUUGUGUGAAAGUCAAAAUGUUUACUUUUUUUGUAUUUUUUAUUUUAUA